AUGACUGCGGCUGGUCGUGAGUUUCCUCUUGCCAAAGGCUCCCCCGCCGUCGAAAGUACUCCAAGAGAUCCUCCUGCAUCGUACUCUAUCGGAUUUCUAUUAGGUGCAAUUGCUCUCGGCACCGCUUCAUAUGUCGCGAAAAGUCAUUUUAGCUCAAUAGCCGACUCCUUGUCUACUCGUUCUCCCACUCUUGUACCCUCCUUUUCGCCAUCGAACACUAUAGUUGAUUUAGGAUACGCAUCAUACCGAGGUCUACUCAACGAUACUGUUCCUGAUGUGGUCUCUUGGCUGGGGGUUCCCUAUGGCCUGCCACCUCGACGUUUCCGUGCCGCUCAACCACUUGACGAAACUCCACAAAAACACAAUAUAACAGAUCUAUUUGAAUAUCCUCAACCCUGCGUACAAGGGUGGGCGCCUGAAGCUGGCUUGGACGGCCGUGGGGGCGCGGGUUCUGAGGAUUGCUUGAAGAUAAACAUACACGCCCCAAAAUCUGCAAAUAGUUCCAGUUCUCUCCCGGUAUUAGUCUACAUUCACGGCGGGGGAUAUUACUACGGAAAUCCUCGCAAUUGGCCUUUUGACAACUGGGUUCAACGUUCUUCGACUCCCUUUGUGGCUGUGAGCAUUUAUUAUCGUCUUUCGGUGCUUGGAUUUCUUGCGGCACCGGAAUCCCCGGAUAAAGGAGUACACGCAGGAGACGACCCGGAACUUCUUCUUAAUGCUGGAAUUCAUGAUCAGCGGCUGGCGUUACGUUUCAUACAACGGCAUAUUCGCUCCUUUGGUGGUGAUCCCGAAAGAGUUACCAUUAUGGGCCAAAGUGCAGGAGCUGGUAGCGUUGGACUUCACCUUGUAGCUCGCAACGAGAACCCGGACGAAAAGCUUUUCCAUCGGGCAAUUUUACAGAGUUGGUAUCGCCCCCCAUUAUACAAGCCGCUCGAUCGCAAGGCGACGUGGAAUUUCGUUACAAAAUACGUGGGGUGUUCUCACUGGACCUGGAGCAUCCUUCGUACUCUCCAAUGCCUACGGGACGUCGACCACGUAAAACUUUCGCAGGCUGCGGAUGAAGGGAUGUUUAAGUAUCGGAAAUACACCGACUGGAUGUGGCAGCCACUAUUGGAUAACAGGUUGUUCAAUGAUUUCCCCCAUCGCCUUUUGGACCAGGCUCCUCGAGACAUAGACGUUAUUGUUGGGUUAGAAUUAAACUUGAACAAGGAAAAUGAACCAUUCACUGACACUGCAUCUAAGAUAUACAACACACGAUAG